CAAAAUUGGCGGUGUUUCUGUUUUGUUCUGGCGUAAAACGUUCUCACGUUCUGACUCAUACUGUUUUCCCUCAAUUCCGUUCACUUUCCUCCUCUUUCGCUUCUUUUUCCGUUCACUUUACUGGAUCUGACUUCCCUCACUCAUCGCCUCACUAUCCUCCUUCGAUUCCCUUGCUGAUCCACGACAAGAAUCGCGCAUAACGAAUCGACCCUCUAUCCCAGAUGCUUUUGCCUUGUUGCAUUCAAGAGUGCCUAAAUUUGGGCCUAAUACUACCAUGGAACUAGAAAAUGGAUCAAAAGCGAAGGAGGAAGUGUUGAUGGAGGUUUCUAGGUGUGUGGAGGACGAAAAUGCUACUCAAGAUAAGCAGAAUGCAAGUAGUGGUCAGGAAAACAUUCAUGACAUAGAAGCUUCAUCCUUUGAACGAAGUAUGAUGUUAAAUAGAAGUGAGGAUAUGGAGGUUGAUGUUAUUGGGUGUUCAGAAAAUUGUGAGGGAGGUCCUAGUAAUGAAUGCAAUGUUUCAACUGAAAAUUCAAGCUCGUUUGGAGAUACUGUAUCUGGGACAGAUUAUGGUUUGUUAUUGGAUGAUGAAGAAGUUGAAUCCCAAUUAUAUGGCGAUAAUAAUUUGCAGUCUAAUUCUAAUGGAUAUGGCGAAGUAUUUCCCAGGAAGAAAAAGUUGACAGCUCACUGGAGGAAGUUUAUAAGUCCUAUUAUGUGGCGGUGUAGAUGGUUAGAAGUGCAAAUUAAGAAACUUCAGGCUCAAUCGUUAAAAUAUGAUAGAGAACUUGCAUUAUAUGAUCAAAGAAAGCAGUCUUUCUACAAAGACUUCUCAGCGGAUGGUUUUUCUGUGAAGUCAACAGGAUUCUCAAAUCACACUCAAAGACACAGAUUUAUGAAAAGAAAGGGAAGGAAGAUGGUUGAAGAAACUACUGACGCAGCUUCAUAUAUGGCACAUCACAAUGUGUUCUCCUAUUAUGAGAAGAAGAGGUCUCUUGCUGAUGACAUGUCUUUGGAAGAUACUUUUCUUAAAUUAGACAAAACAAGGAAUAUAAAACGUGAUGACAUCAAUGACUUUGGAACAAUCGCAACUGAUGGAUGGGCAUCCUCUAUGUUGGGAAAUAAUGACAAUAAUUUGGAAGACAUUUUUCUUAAAAUUGAAGCUGCACAGUCAAAAGUUCAUGAGUUGAAGAACAGAAUUGACAAGGUGGUGAAUGAAAAUCCCAUGAAGUUCUCUGUAAUCAACCAGCUAUACUCUCUUGCAUCAUCAAGUGAUGAUCCUGCUUCACCUGGAGAUGGAAAUGAUGAGUUAGUAAGGUCUUUGCAUGAAGCAUCACAACACAUGUCUGAGCAUGCAUUAGAUGUACUAAUGCCUGAAACUGCAAUCAAAACUCAUGGAGAGGUCAUGCUACUUCCUGAUAUGAUGCGGAGCACGGAUUGUGGAACGACUCAGAAGGUUCUGAUGCAAGAUUCGGCAGUCAAGGAAGAGUUGCAACUUUCCAAAGAGGUUAAAGGUCAGUUGGUUGAGCUUCAAAAUUCAGAGGAGCAGAAAAGUAUUUCUCUAGCUGCAAUUUCGCAAGCUGACUUAACCUCAAAGGACAAGGAGCCCGACAUGCUGCACAAAACAAAAUCCCCUUCUGCUAUGAAACCUAAUUCAUCUAAGAAAACAAGAAAGCGGGGAAGGCGAAAAAUUGGUUCAAGUAAGAAGAAUAGGAAAGCAACAAGUUAGCUGGAUAAAUGGGACUAAAAGAAGAUGGCUAUUUAUCUUCUCAUUAUGUGAUUGAUGGAGGUUAGAAUUUUGUUAAUGGUUCUUUGUUCUACUUCUACUUGUAUAUUUUACAUGCCUUUACUCCCAUCUGCAUAUAUCAACUCAGAUUAUUUGUACAUGAUGCAAAUAUCCAUUAAUUAUGUUAAUAUGAAGAUAGCAUUAAACCACAGUGGUUGGCUACAGUCA